UAUCAUGUAAAUUUCCUGUGAUGAGCAGACAGCUGGAUGCUCGAUGGUGUCUCAUAUAGAAAUAUGUGCAGAGCAGCAACAAGCUUUUUGACGUCGACAGGAGGACGGAGGUGCUUUGAGUCAUAUGGUUUCCUCUUUAAACCGAAGCCUUAAUGCCACCAACAUGUCGUACGUAGCGUAACCAUACCCCCCACUCGCACAUACACACAACUCAAUUGGGGCCUUUUCACCGAACAAAAGCAGAACACAUCCGUUUGUGUGGGCAGAGUGUGCGAGAAUAGGAAGGAUGGGAGAGGCUUUUUUGGUGGCUGCACCUGUCCCAUUUCAUGAGGCUCUAAUAAGCAGAUAACAGUGGCAGGAUGGGAAAAAAACAGGGAGAUACAGACUUCCCCCUUCGCCUUAUUAGAGGGAAAUUAAUUAGAUCCUCCUCUGAGGUCACGACUUUCCGUGAACCACCGUUUAAACCUUGAGUCACUGUUGUUGUAUUUGUGACAUCUUGGAUGCAAGUUUUUUUCAAGUUUUGACCUUUUUUCCUUCCUCCAGCAGCUUUUUUCCUCCGUGCAUGAGUCUUUAAGGAUGUGACCCCCAGCACAUGUGAUGUAGCUGCCUCCUCGUCCAGGUCGGCUGAGUGUCGGUGAGUAUCGGCGCCGUCCACGCCUGCGCACUGCAAGAGAAAGUCCUCCUUUGCUAUCCAUGGUGUGGUGAGUAAUUCAGCCAUAAUCCGCCUUUCUCCUCUCCCCUCUUCUUUCCCCUCUCCUCUCCCCCUCUCCUGCGGUUCCAUUCAUAUUCUAAUCACAGCUUUCCCUUCUCCAGCUCUCAGGCACUCCAUCAGAGCCCUCCCAGCCUCGGGCUUUGCACUUUUACUUCCCCCCCUUUGUGACCGUUCCCUCUUCUCAGAGGCACACCAAAAAUAAGGUUGCCACAGCGAAAGAGUGAGUGAAAAGAGGUGAGAACAGUGAUCUAAAAAAAUAAUUUUUCUGAAAUCACACUUGCUCAGUUUUAAGAUGUUCUAGAUGCCUGCCUGACCACAUCGACUCUGUGAGAAAAGUUAGCACAAAGAUGGUUUAAUGGUGGAAUGAAGAAGCAGCGCAAAUGUGGCAACAAGUGUCUGCUGGAUGUGAAGUUAAAAACAGGAGCGGCGGUUGUGAAGGGAUGUAUGUUUAUUUGGAGCUCGGGGGUGUAUAAAAACGUAUUAAAUGCCAUAAUGGAAGACGGGGAGGCCACAGUGUUAGGACUGCGUAGAUCUAAGCCUCUUUUUUUUUUUUUUCGUUGGGAGGGAGCUUUUCUUAUUCAAAACAGCCCCACAAAAGACUUCCAGUGAGCCUUGCCACAUCCCCAUCUGACUUGGGGCCAUUCAUCAGCCUUCCAAGCCUAUCAAUGACAUGUCCCCAUCAGGGCUCCUAUAAAAUCAGCCCCUUUCCCAUGAAACAUCAGCAAACAUUUUGACGGGUCUGGCUUUCCCCCCGCUGGAUUUCUGGAGUCUCUACCUCCCCCCUUUUCCACCCUUAUUCCCACCUCCCCACCACCACCACCACCACCUCUCCUCCUCCUCCUCCUCCUCCGCCAACACCACCCCUCUCCGGGCGAACCUCAGAUCCUCAACAUCUCCUGUGACGGGCAGUGGUCACGGAAACAGAGUGAGACGAGGGGAGAGCCGCCGAGGAGGGGGAAACGUGCACUAAAGCCAUUUUCUUGGAGGAGCCAGUGUCGUUGAUGGGAAGAGGAUGCAUUGCGGGCUGCUGGAGGAGCCUGAUAUGGAUUCCACAGAGAGCUGGAUUGAAAGAUGCCUCAAUGAAAGUGAGAGCAAGCGGUACUCCAGCCACACGUCUCUGGGGAACAUGUCCAACGACGAACAUGAAGAAAAGGAAAAUAACAGAGCCUCUAAACCACAUUCGACACCGGCUACUCUGGAAUGGCUAGAAGAAAACUAUGAGAUAGCCGAAGGUGUGUGCAUCCCCCGAAGUGCCCUCUACAUGCACUACUUAGACUUCAGCGAAAAGCACGACACGCAGCCUGUGAACGCAGCCAGUUUUGGAAAGAUCAUAAGGCAACAGUUUCCAGCACUAACUACCAGAAGACUGGGGACAAGAGGACAGUCGAAGUACCACUACUACGGCAUCGCGGUGAAGGAGACCUCCCAGUAUUAUGACGUGAUGUACUCCAAAAAGGGAGCUGCGUGGGUGAACGAGACGGGCAAGAAAGAGGUCACGAAGCAGACAGUGGCGUAUUCACCGCGCUCCAAACUGGGGACGCUGCUGCCAGAGUUUCCAAAUGUCAAAGACCUAAAUUUGCCUGCCAGCCUGCCAGAAGAGAGGGUGUCAACCUUCAUCAUGAUGUACAGAACGCACUGUCAGAGGAUACUGGACACUGUUAUUCGAGCCAACUUUGACGAGGUCCAAAGCUUCCUGCUGCACUUCUGGCAGGGCAUGCCGCCCCACAUGCUCCCUGUCCUCGGCUCCCCCACAGUGGUGAACAUCGUCGGUGUUUGUGACUCUAUCCUCUACAAGGCCAUCUCUGGGGUGCUGAUGCCCACCGUCCUGCAAGCACUGCCUGACAGUUUGACUCAGGUUAUUCGAAAAUUUGCCAAACAGCUCGAUGAGUGGCUUAAAAUAGCACUUCACGACCUUCCAGAAAACCUGAGGAAUAUCAAAUUUGAAUUGUCGAGGAGAUUUUCUCAGAUUCUAAAGCGGCAAACGUCAUUAAACCACCUAUGCCAGGCAUCGCGGACUGUGAUAAACAGUGCCGACAUCACCUUUCAAAUGCUGGAGGACUGGAGGAAUGUGGACUUGAACAGCAUCACCAAGCAGACACUUUACACCAUGGAGGACUCGCAGGAGGAGCACAGGCAGCUUAUUAUCCACUUGUAUCAGGAGUUCGACCGUCUUCUGGAGGAGCAGUCUCCGAUUGAAGCUUACAUCGAGUGGCUGGACUCCAUGGUGGACCGCUGCGUUGUCAAGGUGGCAGGGAAGAGGCCCGGGUGCCUGAAGAAGGUGGCCCAACAGUUCCUGCUGAUGUGGUCGUGUUUUGGUACCAGAGUCAUCCGGGAUAUGACCCUCCACAGCGCGCCCAGCUUCGGAUCCUUCCACCUGAUCCACCUCAUGUUCGAUGAUUACGUUCUCUACCUGCUGGAGUCGCUGCACUGCCAGGAGAGAGCCAACGACCUCAUGAGGGCCAUGAAAGGAGAAGGCAGCACAGCGGAGAGAGAGGAGGAGUUCACGCUGACAGAAACCUCUCCCACCUCUCCGUCUCCAGGAUCCUACUCUCCUGCCCGGUCCGUCCACUCUGUGGGCGUCUCCUCGGCCAGCUCCCCCACGGCAGCCGUGUCCCCCGAGUACACCGGAGUCCCCGCCACCACAGGCGCUGUUCAGUCAUAUACCUGGUCCCUUACAUACACAGUGACAACAGCAGGCGGCUCCACUCCAGAGGCCGGUCAGCAGCUGUCCUGUAUGAGGAGCAGCGCCCCGGUCCCUCCUCCAUCUGCAGCCCACAGGAUGCCAGUGUACACCCACCGGGAGGAGCACGGUUACACCGGAAGCUACAACUACGGCAGUUACGCCAACCAGCAUCCUCACUCCAUCCAGAGCCAGUACCCGAGUCUGGCCCAUGAGCCGGCGAUCCCAGCCCCCCUCCACUACUCCGCCUACCACCGCUCCUCUGCACAGUACCAACUCAACGGCCAGAUGUCUCGAAUGGAGCCCUGCUUGAUGGGCAGCACUCCCCGGUUGCACCCCACACCUGUCGCCCCCCGGUGGCCAGAUGUGUCCCCUGCUAACAGCUGUUACACCAGCCCACCUAUGCAUUCAUCCCGCUAUGCCACUUCUGGGGACAUGUACUCCCCCCUGGGCCCUCGCAGGAACUCAGAGUACGAACACUCACAGCAUUUUCCCGGCUUCGCCUACAUCAACGGAGAGGCCACCACUGGCUGGGCCAAAUAGCCUUUAAACGUUGCUUUGGACAUCCGUGUACGAGCUCCAGGCCGCCAAACUGGUGCAUGCAAAGCCUCUGAACUCUUCCAAUCAAGUGCAUCAAAAAACGAGGAGCAGAGAGUAAAAAAGUACCAAUGUAAGGCGAUAGGAAUCACGGUAUGGACGUACUGACAAUUUGAAAAGACUCAUUACGUCAAUCACUCUGAUGAUUGUGGUGUAAUCUGUGUGGAGGUUUGUUAAAAUUUCUCCAGUGGAAGUAUUAAAUCGUAUAGAUUGUUAAAACUUGCAGCAAAAUCAUUUGAAGAGUGCAAUGCUGCUGCCAAGCUGUGCCUUUGUUUUAAGGAAUGUACACCUCUGCCAGAGUUUCCCUCGUCAAUCCCUCCAUCAGCACACAGAUCGCCUCUAAAGCUCUGUGUGCUGCAGCCUGUUUCUGACUCCAGUACAAUCUCAGUGAUGCUGUGCAGCAUCGUGUUGUGAGCUCUUUGCAGCACAUUUGUUUUCUGCGGGAUGAAGAUGAACUGUUCUGCCUUAACCUUCUCCUGGGACACCAGUUGCAUUCAGUGGCAUGAAGCCAAAACAUCACAGGUGAGAGAUAAAACUCCUGAAAGACCUCGAUCAGUGUGUGAAGGCAUGUCUGUCUCGGUUAGUCUUUUUUAAUGAACGCUGUGACUCAAAAACAAGUGUAUUCUGU